CUGAUGUUUGUGUUGAUGUGUACCUUUCUGUUGUGUUUCAGGCGUGCACGGCGGCAGGAUGUGAAGUAUGGAGACCCCUGGAGUCAGUGUCCAAUCACAGAGGACGACUCUGUGGAGGUGAAGCAGAUCUACGGCGUUGAAGGAAACUCCACCUUCCUGGAGUGCUGGUCUCGGUCCGGUCAGGCUGAGGUCAGAUGGACGCUGCAGCAGAACCAGAACACAGAGCUGUCUCUGACUGACGACCACCGGCGCCUCCUCCUGAAGCGAGGUUUGCUGCUGCAUCGUUUGGACCCGACCGACGCCGGCGUCUACAGCUGCAGCGCCCACGAGCAGAACUACGUCCAGCUGCAGGCCCGGUACCGGCUCCACGUCCUGCCCCAGCACGGCCUGCAGACGGCGUGGAGGCUGCAGCCGGGUCUUCAGCCUCACAGGAACUCGUGGGCGAAUCCUCUGAGGAGCUACAAGGACCUGCAGAUGGUGGACAGCCUGAACGUGGACCAGUACUGUGAGCAGCUCUGGUACCGAGAAAAACGCCGGCAGCAGAAGCUCCGGACGCUGAAGCUGAAGCAGGAGAGCAAGAAGGCCCGAGUGAGGAGGAACAAUCCUCCAGAACGGUCCGAACAGGAGGAAUAGUCCUCCAGAACGGUCGAUCUAUCGGGCCGAGGACUCAGAGGAACCAGAACCAGACAGUUUGCUUUCUGAGCAAAGAGCAAUAACCGACACCAACUAUAUUCUCCAUAAACACUGACUAAUAUUCCAGAUAUCCUGAAUAUUUUCACUCGUAGACGCAACAGGAAAUGGAAAACUUUGACGUAUUUCUCUGAAUUUGCAUCUUUCUGGACAUUUCAUUUGUAAAAUCCCUCUGCUGUCAGUUUUCACGUCUGCUGCUGCACAAAACGUGGACUUUAGUCUUUUUACUGCAAAAGCACCAAAUUCUACAAAGUAACUAAGUACAUUAACUCGAGUAAAGGAAGCUACAGGUAUCCCAGUUUUAAGAUUCUUAUAUUUUCUGCUACUUUUUUAUUCUUUAGUUGCUUUGCACAUUGAGAAACAAAUAAAGGAUUUAUUAUUAUUAUAGAAACUAGCAGCAUAAACAUUAAAACAGCGCCGCCUUUGACUAUAAUCGCCAUAAAGAUCGACUAAUAUUCCAGAUAUCCUGAAUAUUUUCACACGUAGACGCAGCAGAAAACUUGUCUAUCGGUUAUUUAUCGGUUUUUGAUGUAAAACGUGUUCAGACAUAUUUAGUUUGUUAAAGGAGCCGUAAAAACAUCAGUUCUGUUUUUUCCAAUUAGAAGGUUUUUUCGUGUUUUCCAGUGAACUUCUUGAACUUUCCUCCAACCCUGCUCUAAAUGAGCUCCUGUUUAACCCUAAAUUAUGAAGAUAUUCUCAAGAAAAGGCCAUUAAAGACGUCCUCUGGAAUAAACCUUUAAAACCACAACUCAUUGGUCAGAAAGUGACGUUUUUGUGGAAUGAACCUUUAAAACACAAGUACUUGAACAGAAAGUAUUAUUUUGUGGGAAAAAACAUAACUUUGUAGUUUGUUGACAGAAUAAACCCUCAGUACUUGGACAGACAGUGGUAUUUAGGUGGAAUGAACGGUUAAAACCAUAAUUUGUUGGUUAGAAAGUAUUUUUUGGUGGAAUAAACCUUUAGUACUUUGACAGGAAGUAGUAUUCUGUGCGACCACCAGGGGGCGUCAUGGUGGAAUAAACGUAAAAAAUCAGAGGUCAAAGAUCAAUGCACUAAUUAACACAAAUAACGUGAUAUGUAAUUGGAUAAAAAAAUAAGAAAUGAUGACAUUUCAGCUUCAUUGAACAACAUAAUGAUCUUCAGAAAUACUUUUCUGGCCGAUUAUUUAACCCGAAAACUCUGAACUGACUGAUUUAUACCAAACCUGGACGUAUUUUUAGUAAUUUGCAGUAAAAAAAUUUGCUAAUUUUACGCAAGUUUUGUGGAAAUUAGCUGAAAAAUGACUGAAAUGUUUAUAGUGUUUAAAAGAGUCAUUAAGUAGGAAACCUUAUCAAAGUGUUUAGUGGGAUGCUUUUUAAUGGACUAAAAUCUCUUCUUCUUGUACAGUUUGUGGUUUUUUUUUAACCUAAAUUCUGUAUUCAAACCUCCUAUAACCAACAUGACAUGAGGAUAUAUGUGUUUGACUCAUGAGUUAAUUUCCUGCUUCACGUGUUCAACAGAAACGUGUAUUUAAGUUUGAUCAGAAACAGCUGAUGACUAAAACGCACACAUUACAUGGACUGAAGCUCAGUCGCACACCUGUAAAUUAAAGACCUGGUUUGAUAGUUUUCUGUCUUUAUCCAGCAGAAUUUAGCUCAUUUUGUCUGUUUCUAUAAACCUGUGUUUGUGUGUUUUUUUAAUAAGCUUUGAGAAGAAAACCGGAGGAACGACUUGUGAAUAAAGCCACAAAUGACUGAAAUAUAAGGAAUAAAACAGUUAAAAGUU